AUGACCUUUUCGGCCAGGGCCCAUGAGAGCGAUGCAAAUACCAUUCUUUGUUCUGGGAGAUCCAGGCUGGCAGACUUCCACAUGAAUUGCCAGACAACACCGCAUUCAAUAACAAGCUGUCCUAAUGAUAACUACCACGGUUGUCUGGUGUCCUACGUUGGACUCAUUGGAUCAGAUGUGACUCCAAACUAUGUGGAUGCGAGCCACACCAACAUCACCAUUUCCCCUUGGUGUGGCUGUCGAGGCAGUGGAAAUCACGAAGCUGAGUGCGAGGCCUUCCUCCGAGACUUCAGAGAGAACACUUGCCUGAGAAACGCUAUCCAGGCAUUCGGUUAUGGCACGGAUGCGGGUCUAGUUCCCAUCACUGAGUCUCAGUCAGCAGUCCCAUCAGUACAGACCAAUCUGCAACCAGCUAUCAUCACCAAACAUGUCAUCAACUCAAAUGAUGUCAAGCAAAUAGACAGUGCAUGUGUUUUCUCCACAUGCGCCAACCUUCAGGACAGUGAGCAGAAGUGUUCUAACGGUUUUGAAUGUGCUGAUGAGAAUGUCCUGAACCCAAUGGAGGGAUCCAUUGACUCGGUGGGCUCUCACCAGACUGACAACAACAAAGCCAGACAUUCAUCUGUGACUUCAAUCAGUGUUGCUGCCGCCACAUUGACACUGGCCUUUGCUCAGGAAAAACAACAGCAGAAACAUGAAAAUGUCCUGAACCCAAUGGAGGGAUCCAUUGACUCGGUGGGCUCUCACCAGACUGACAACAACAAAGCCAGACAUUCAUCUGUGACUUCAAUCAGUGUUGCUGCCGCCACACUGACACUGGCCUUUGCACUGGUCAAUCAGAAUGUGCUGAACCCAAUGGAGGGAUCCAUUGACUCGGUGGGCUCUCACCAGACUGACAACAACAAAGCCAGACAUUCAUCUGUGACUUCAAUCAGUGUUGCUGCCGCCACAUUGACACUGGCCUUUGCACUGGUCAAUCAGGUUCUGUAA